AUGAUGGCAAAUACUGAAACUACCAUAGAAUGUUCUAAACACAUUUUCAUAGAGACCAUCAGAGAAAUGACUGACUUCACAGAUACUCAACUGGAAACUCUUCAGAAUCUGUCACCAAAAACGAAGAAAAAACUGAAAACGACAAUAAUGGACGUCCUUUCCUCAUUGGGUCUACUUCUAGAAAUGUCAGUUUCUCCGUCGAUUUCUAUGACAACUCUUCCCAUUUACAUUUUUCGUGCACAAAAUCUGAUGGCACUUGAAAAGGACUUUGAGAAUAUGAAGCCCGAAGCUGAAAACAUGUCGGAUUCCCUUGAAAUUUUCAAACGAGGACUCUCUUCAAUUGUCAAUAACAUUCCGAUCAAAGCUAUGAAAUGUCUCCAAUCACAAUAA